AUGUAUGUAGACCCAAGACUCGUAAACUAUAUAGCAAUGUGGGCUUCUCCAAAAUAUUGUAUAGCAGUUGGAAAAAUUCUGGACUCCAUAGACAAGAAAGUUCAUGAGAAAUUAGAUGAAGAAGAACUUGAAGAUACAGUAAAGAAUGCUAAACCUUUGUUCGAACAAGAAGUUAGAAAAAUGUGCUUAAACAAAUAG